AUGGCGAGAUAUAAUUAUUGGCAUAUUACACAUUCUAUUCUCAUUAUGUCUGGUGGAGGGUUAUUCGAUGUUGUUGUAGCUGACUUGAUCAGCACAGCCAAGCCAGCCUUACCUACUCUUGAAAGAAUUAUAGAAGGUGAACUUCACAUCAGCUUAUCAAAAAAUGUGCAUAUAGGCUUUCACAUUAUGCAACCUUUAAUGAACGAUAUAAAGGCUGCACUAACGACUAAGACAAGGUUUAACUGUUAUAUGAACUCGAUCGCAGUUUAUCCAAAUGACGAUUAUACAAGAACUUUUUUAGCAAUAGAAAUUUACGGUGGCUAUGAGCAGUUGCGAUCACUCACAAAUUCUAUUAACGAAUGCUUCCGAAAGUACCAACUGCCGCCAUUUUACGAGCCACCUUCAUUUCAUAUCAGUAUUGGCUGGUGCCCAGGAAAUCAGGUUGAUAAGUUUAAUCAGUCAAUAAUGAACAAAUUACAGACGAAAUUAGAGGAGUAUCUUGAAGAUCUAAAUCCAGUCACUAUUGAAUAUCUGGAAUGCAGAUGUGGCAAUAAGCUUUACAAAUUUUCUUUAUUGGUAUAA